AUGGUUAUCCAAUUACCGACACAGCCCUAUGUGUGUGAGCGUUAUGGACUGGCGUUUGCGGCUGUGAGUCCUAGAUUGGAAGUACUUGGCGUUAGAAUGGGAUCUCAUUAAAGGCUUACUUUAUCAUUCCUUCCAUCCCAGUAAACGAGUGGAGAGAGGGAGGCCAGAGGAAAGGAAGUCCAGAUAUCUCCAUCUGUCUUAGUAAUUGAUAAGGAGAGGAUAACAACUUAGACAGACAGCUCUGACAAACACACACUUGGAUUCGUCACAACUUGUUUUUCGCUGUACUUUUUUACAUUUUAAUUAUUUGUGUACUUGUUUGACAUUUUACUGCAUUGUUAGGAGCUAGUAACAUAAACAUUUCGCUGCACCUGCUAUAACAUCUGCUAAACUGUGUAUGCGACCAAUAAACUUUGAUUUGACACACCACACACGCACACACAAAACCACCUUUAGUAAUCUGUCUACUUUGGCUUCCUCUUUCCAAAGAGCUUAUUGUAGGCAUUCUGUUUGUUCCUGCUGCACUAGCUGUGUUUGUCCUGUUUAGAAAGAUGGGCUGUUUUGAUGACAACAUCCAGCUGUAGCCUAAAUCCCUACUCCCCCAUUCUUGUGUUGUUGGGACAUCGGACUCAUCUUUCACUGCUGUGUUACUCUGGAAACUCUUGUCCUGUUUAUAGUGUAUUUUUGUGUUUGUGUACGUGCGUUAGCGUGUGUUACCAGGCCUAUCUUGUGUACAUACGUGUGUGUUCUGUGUAUGCGCUCACCUACUGGCUACAGCUGUGUGUGACCCUUUAUAAUUCUAAAAAUAGUUAGAAUGAUUUGGCUGGGUAUUUGAUUCUCUCAUAGAUGCUUUAAUGUUUCUCCUUCUAAAUUGGUAUGUGCAGAGAUACUAUUAGGCCUAAAUAUCCUACUUUAUUAAUAGGAUAUUCUGCGGUUGGACCAGCAUUGUUUGCCGUUGCUGUAACCUGUUGGAGUCAGCGUUGAGAACACGCACACACAGACAGAUGCGCAGUUCAUCUCCUCAUAUGGUCUGUAAUUAAGCCCUUGGUCAAGCAGACAGCCAGCCCUCCCAGUCAAUAAUGUGCUAACAGAAAAACAACAGAUGACCUAAGAAACAUAAGCAAACAUGCUGAAGCUAUAUUUUUAUCCCUGGGCGGCUGGUUAUGACUAGGUGCCUGUGUUUAUAUUAGCUGUAAUACAUUCAUUAAAGCUGUAACUGACACACACAGGCACUAGUUCAUUCAAACAAGAAAUAGGCCUACUUGAGUGCUCAGCUUCAAUUGAUAUCACCGUCCCGGUCACUGCACUAACCUUCCUUUACUCUCUCCCUCUUUUUCCCUCCCUCUCUCUUUCACUUCCUCUCCAUGUCCCUAAAUCUCUCACUAUCUCUCUCGCUCCUUCACUUACUCACUCUCCCUCCCAGGUGCUUCCACAUAUGCGUUCCCGUAGCAACAGCCCUAACAUGGCUGCCCGGAACGGCGAUGGUUCACAGAACUCUGUGGUCCACCUAGACCCCCUCAAGGGCACCGUCCUGAGGGACAGCAUGGGAGGAGAGAGAGGGAAAGACCUGUCCAGGGAUGACCUUGUGUUCCUCCUCAGUAUAAUGGAGGGAGAGUUGCAGGUGAGGACAGGACAGAACAGACGUGUCCUAGUAUAUCUGGAUCUAGGUUUAUAGUAGAGGAGUUAGCCUAUUAGCCUGAUCCACAGUCAUGACCGCUGCACUCUGUAAGGUCGCCAGAUCAGGAUGGUCGUACGAGGCUAGUAGCAUAUAGCUCAGACUUGGCCAUGUUCAAAACUACACUAUGGUCAAAUCCUUAUAUGCACAAAUAUGAGUCAUACAUGGUUUCCACUAGAUACAACAGCCACAAAGUCAAAAAUGGCUAUAGCGUAAAAAUUCAUGAACAAAAAUGUAAGAUUAGGCUUAGGAAUAAGGUUAGCAGUGUGGUUAAAGUUAAGGUCAGGUUUAAAAUCACAUUUGAAUAAGAGAAAUUGUAGAAAUAGGCAGGGUUUAUGACUUUGUGGCUGUGGUAACUAGUCAUACAUCACGCAAUGACGUCAUCACUGGGAGAUUUGUUCCAAACUGAGUUGAGCCCAGCUGUAGGUGAGCUGUAGAGGAGACAGAAUGAUUCAGACUAACAGAGGAAUCUAUUGUGACUAAAACCAGGAGUAGAACACUCCUAGACAUACCUCACAGAGCAUGAGACACACACAGCCAACACCACAGCUGUAUAGGAAAUAUUUUCUCCUUCUGUUGGGAGUCCAAUCUCUUCAUCUCUAUCAUUCUUCAUCCCUCCUUUUUUAUUAUAUCUGUCCAUCUCACCAGGCAAGAGACGAGGUGAUCGCGGUCCUGAAAGCAAAGAAAAUGGAUCUGGCUCUGCUGGAGGCCCAGUAUGGCUUUGUCAUCCCAGGAGAGGUGCUUCGAGCCCUGCAGAGAGACUCACUCACGGCCCAAGCUUCUGAAGCCCAACAGCAGGAUGUCUAUGAGAAACCCAUGGCUGAGGUAACAGGAGAUAAACACCAUCUCUAUUAAAGCCAUCAUUCACAGUUAGGAGUGUGUAUGCUUUGAGGCAUGGGUUUUGCAGUAGAGAUAGCGAAUGAUAAACCAACCAACAUAUUCAUCCAUUGCCAGUUUCAAACGACACAAUGAGAACCAGUGUCUUAAGUUUAACCCAGUCUUCAUGUGGUCCUCUGUAGCUCAGCUGGUAGAGCAUGGCGCUUGUAACACUAGGGUAGUGGGUUCGAUCCCCGGGACCACCCAUACGUAAAAAUGUAUGCACGCAUGACUGUAAGUCGCUUUGGAUAAAAGCAUCUGCUAAAUGGCAUAUUAUUAUUAUUAUUAUUAUUAUUAUUAUUAUUAUUAUUAUUAUUAUUAUUAUGUCUCUCUCUCGCUCGGUGUUAGCUGGACCGGCUGGUGGAGACUGGGAACCAGAGCUACAGGCGGAUGCUCGAGCAGCUGCUGCUGGUGGAGCGUUCCCACAGUUGCGCCCUCUGCAGGCUGGAGGAGCAGGACCAGCAGCACCGUGCCUUCAUGCAGCGUAGUGACGACCUCACCUGUCUAUUGGAGCAGGACCGCGAGAGGUCAGUGACACCGACCGACCGCUAGCUAGCAAGCACAUUUUAGCAAUAUUAAUGUAACAUCAGCCAAAACACCUCAAAACAAGACAUGGAAUCAAGAUCAAACAAGCCACUUACGAUUCCCUACAUGGCAGUUUCUUGUCAUUGUUGCUAGCUAUCUGGCCAUCCAGAAUUACAACAACACACGGCCUUCUGCCCCUUUGAAGUGCACCCAUCGUUUUCAUGACGUUGUCAGCUAACCCGUCUAUAAUUUCUCUACUUUAGCUUCCUCUCUCCCAAGAGCUCAUUCUAGGCAUGAGGACAAGUAAGAGAUUCUAGGUGAGGGUGAGAUGAGGACAGGCAAGAGGACAGGUGUCAUGUUAAUGCAGAAUUCUGCCCUUUUCACACACAAAAAAGACAACGCAUAAGAAAUAUCUUGAUGCGUUUUGUAAACGCAGAUCUAAAAUGAUUCUUAUUGUAAUUUCUGCUCAGCAGACUAAUUUUGUGCUUCAGUUGCACUUCUCCACUCCCAUAAGAAUUCAUGAACGGGCAUUCUAUCAGCAGACAGCACACUGACUGAUAUGUAGACUUUUCUCCGGUAAUUUUCUCAGUGUAGACUACUUUUCUCUGGUAAAAUGCAAGAUUAACUUCAAGCAAAACAUUAGGAAGAAUGUAGCCAGCUACAGUGAGGGAAAAAAGUAUUUGAUCCUUGCUGAUUUUGUACGUUUGCCCACUGACAAAGAAAUGAUCAGUCUAUAAUUUUAAUGGUAGGUUUAUUUGAACAGUGAGAGACAGAAUAACAACAAAAAAAUCCAGAAAAACGCAUGUCAAAAAUGUUAUAAAUUGAUUUGCAUUUUAAUGAGGGAAAUAAGUAUUUGACCCCUCUGCAAAACAUGACUUAGUACUUGGUGGCAAAACCCUUGUUGGCAAUCAGAGGUCAGACGUUUCUUGUAGUUGGCCACCAGGUUUGCACACAUCUCAGGAGGGAUUUUGUCCCACUCCUCUUUGCAGAUCUUCUCCAAGUCAUUAAGGUUGAGGCUGACGUUUGGCAACUCGAACCUUCAGCUCCCUCCACAGAUUUUCUAUGGGAUUAAGGUCUGGAGACUGGCUAGGCCACUCCAGGACCUUAAUGUGCUUCUUCUUGAGCCACUCCUUUGUUGCCUUGGCCGUGUGUUUUGGGUCAUUGUCAUGCUGGAAUACCCAUCCACGACCCAUUUUCAAUGCCCUGGCUGAGGAGGUUCUCACCCAAGAUUUGACGGUACAUGGCCCCGUCCAUCGUCCCUUUGAUGCGGUGAAGUUGUCCUGUCCCCUUAGCAGAAAAACACCCCCAAAGCAUAAUGUUUCCACCUCCAUGUUUGACGGUGGGGAUGGUGUUCUUGGGGUCAUAGGCAGCAUUCCUCCUCCUCCAAACACGGCGAGUUGAGUUGAUGCCAAAGUGCUCCAUUUUGGUCUCAUCUGACCACAACACUUUCACCCAGUUCUCCUCUGAAUCAUUCAGAUGUUCAUUGACAAACUUCAGACGGCCCUGUAUAUGUGCUUUCUUGAGCAGGGGGACCUUGCGGGCGCUGCAGGAUUUCAGUUCUUCAUGGCGUAUUGUUUUCUUGGUGACUAUGGUGCCAGUUGCCUUGAGAUCAUUGACAAGAUCCUCCCGUGUAGUUCUGGGCUGAUUCCUCACCGUUCUCAUGAUCAUUGCAACUCCACGAGGUGAGAUUUUGCAUGGAGCCCCAGGCCGAGGGAGAUUGAUAGUUCUUUUGUGUUUCUUCCAUUUGCGAAUAAGCCAAUUCCAGCCUUGUGUAGGUCUACAAUCGUGUCCCUGACAUCCUUGGAGAGCUCUUUGGUCUUGGCCAUGGUGGAGAGUUUGGAAUCUGAUUGAUUGAUUGCUUCUGUGGACAGGUGUCUUUUAUACAGGUAACAAGUUGAGAUUAGGAGCACUCCCUUUAAGAGUGUGCUCCUAAUCUCAGCUCGUUAACUGUAUAAAAGACACCUGGGAGCCAGAAAUCUUUCUGAUUGAGAGGGGGUCAAAUACUUAUUUCCCUCAUUAAAAUGCAAAUCAAUUUAUAACAAUUUUUACUGAUAAUUUCUUUGUCAGUGGGCAAACAUACAAAAUCAGCAGGGGAUCAAAUACUUUUUUCCCCUCACAUUAUUAAUAUGAUGACCAUACAUAGUUUUCGCAAAACAUACCUUGUUUUUUCCUUGUAAGCUCAUUUACUUGAGUGGCUGCUACAGUUACAGUUCUGUUAUCAUCUGAUGAAAAUGAAGAUAUUUUCUGCCGGAUGUGUUGCACUAAUGUAUUGCACGCAAAAAGCAAAGCAAAAAAACAAAAAAAAACAUUCAAUAUAAAAUGUAGGAUGCUUAUGGUUUUAAACACAGAUUUUUUUGAUGGUCUGCGCUUUGAAAAUUCAGAUUUCUGAACUGUAACUUGACCCCUGGAGUGUUCUCUCUCAAACGAGUGAGAUCACACACGCACUUCUAAGCCUCACAAUGCUUACAUUUUAUCUGCCAUGUUUAUCUUUGAUAUCAGACACACUCCUUCAAUAUGACUGUCUUUACUGCAUUAUUUAUCCUCUCGGCUUCUCUCCCUUUCUAAAAAUACACACACAGGCUACUCCUUGGAGCUUGACAGGGAGAACAUUGAGUUUGUGAUACGCUCUCAAAACAUUACAGCAAGAGAAAAAUCUCCACGCUUUGACAAGAGACUACAAAUGGUUGUAAGUGCUGGAGAGGAAAAACGAAAUACUGGAAGUAGGAGAUGAGACACUGAGCAGGGAACGUAUCUCAAAUUUAAAUCUGCCCUUUAUCGCUCACGCUCUCCCUUUCUUUAGUCAUCACUCAAUCCCAUCUCCUGCGUAAUUAAGACACUGAUCUUACGUCUCUCUCUCUCCCUCUCAUAAUACACAGUGCCUCAGUGAGGAAUGUCUCCCACUUCUCCUCUUUUAAUCGCACUCCUCAUUCUCUCAAUCCACCCACUCGGGGUUUAAAGCCAUCCACUUAAUAUCGGUCCCCCCUUCCCUCCCUCGUUCCCAAUCCUCUGGUAAAUAAAACAGAGAUGAAGGAUGAUGUAGUCUCAGCGUGUUAUAGCAUGAUUUAGGGUUUUCAUACUGUUUCUGUACCAUACCGGGGUAUCCGGUAUAGGCCCCGUUUAACAUUUUUUUUUAAAUCGACUGGUCGAUUGUUUGGUCGAUAGGCUGUUGGUCGACUGAGAUUUCUUUAGUUGAGCAGUCACAAAUAUAUAUACAGUGAGGGAAAAAAGUAUUUGAUCCCCUGCUGAUUUUGUACAUUUGCCCACUGAUAAAGAAAUGAUCAGUCUAUAAUUGUAAUGGUAGGCUUAUUUGAACAGUGAGAGACAGAAUAACAACAACAAAAUCCAGAAAAAUGCAUGUCAAAAAUGUUAUAAAUUGAUUUGCAUUUUAAUAAGGGAAAUAAGUAUUUGACCCCCUCUCAAAACAGAAAGAUUUCUGGCUCCCAGGUGUCUUUUAUACAGGUAACGAGCUGAGAUUAGGAGCACACUCUUAAAGGGAGUGCUCCUAAUCUCAGCUUGUUACCUGUAUAAAAGACACCUGUCCACAGAAGCAAUCAAUCAGAUUCCAAACUCUCCACCAUGGCCAAGACCAAAGAGCUCUCCAAGGAUGUCAGGGACAAGAUUGUAGACCUACACAAGGCUGGAAUGGGCUACAAGACCAUCGCCAAGCAGCUUAGUGAGAAGGUGACAACAGUUGGUGCGAUUAUUCGCAAAUGGAAAAAACACAAAAUAACUGUCAAUCUCCCUCGGCCUGGGGCUCCAUGCAAGAUCUCACCUCGUGGAGUUGCAAUGAUCAUGAGAACGGUGAGGAAUCAGCCCAGAACUACACGGGAGGAUCUUGUCAAUGAUCUCAAGGCAGCUGGGACCAUAGUCACCAAGAAAACAAUUGGUAACACACUACGCCGUGAAGGACUGAAAUCCUGCAGUGCCCGCAAAUUCCCCCUGCUCAAGAAAGCACAUAUACAGGGCCGUCUGAAGUUUGCCAAUGAACAUCUGAAUGAUUCAGAGGAGAACUGGGUGAAAGUGUUGUGGUCAGAUGAGACCAAAAUGGAGCUCUUUGGCAUCAACUCAACUCGCCGUGUUUGGAGGAGGAGGAAUGCUGCCUAUGACCCCAAGAACACCAUCCCCACCGUCAAACAUGGAGGUGGAAACAUUAUGCUUUGGGGGUGUUUUUCUGCUAAGGGGACAGGACAACUUCACCGCAUCAAAGGGACGAUGGACGGCGCCAUGUACCGUCAAAUCUUGGGUGAGAACCUCCUUCCCUCAGCCAGUGCAUUGAAAAUGGGUCGUGGAUGGGUAUUCCAGCAUGACAAUGACCCAAAACACACGGCCAAGGCAACAAAGGAGUGGCCUAGCCAGUCUCCAGACCUUAAUCCCAUAGAAAAUCUGUGGAGGGAGCUGAAGGUUUGAGUUGCCAAACGUCAGGCUCGAAACCUUAAUGACUUGGAGAAGAUCUGCAAAGAGGAGUGGGACAAAAUCCCUCCUGAGAUGUGUGCAAACCUGGUGGCAAACUACAAGAAACGUCUGACCUCUGUGAUUGCCAACAAGGGUUUUGCCACCAAGUACUAAGUCAUGUUUUGUAGAGGGGUCAAAUACUUAUUUCCCUCAUUAAAAUGCAAAUCAAUUUAUAACAUUUUAGACAUGCGUUUUUCUGGGUUUUUGUGUUGUUAUUCUGUCUCUCACUGUUCAAAUAAACCUACCAUUAAAAUGAUAGACUGAUAAUUGCAUUGUCAGUGGGCAAACGUACAAAAUCAGCAGGGGAUCAAAUACUUUUUUCCCCUCACUGUACACUGCUCAAAAAAAUAAAAGGGAACACUUAAACAACACAAUGUAACUCCAAGUCAAUCACACUUCUGUGAAAUCAAACUGUCCACUUAGGAAGCAACACUGAUUGACAAUACAUUUCACAUGCUGUUGUGCAAAUGGAAUAGACAACAGGUGGAAAUUAUAGGCAAUUAGCAAGACACCCCCAAUAAAGAAGUGGUUCUGCAGGUGGUGACCACAGACCACUUCUCAGUUACUAUGCUUCCUGGCUGAUGUUUUGGUCACUUUUGAAUGCUGGCGGUGCUUUCACACUAGUGGUAGCAUGAGACGGAGUCUACAACCCACACAAGUGGCUCAGGUAGUGCAGCUCAUCCAGGAUGGCACAUCAAUGCGAGCUGUGGCAAGAAGGUUUGCUGUGUCUGUCAGCGUAGUGUCCAGAGCAUGGAGGCGCUACCAGGAGACAGGCCAGUACAUCAGGAGACUGUCUUUUUUAUUUUUUUUACACAGCGCGGCAAGCACACACACACAUGCAUUAUUUAGGACUCACUAACACCUCAAACGUCCCCAACUCUUUCAUGUUCUCAAACGCCCAUCCCCAAAUGUAUGAUAUUUAUUGAUCAGAUGAUCUUCUCAACAAAACCCUCUGAAAGUAAGGAAGUCUUGUGGCAACAUCACAUAACAGAUGGCCACUCCAAGCAAGUCCCCAAGGGUGAUGGAAAGAGAGACAGUGAGUGCGAGAAAGGAUUUCCCCCUUUUAAAUCAGUGCUGGGUUAGAUAUCCCAAAGAAAAUGUUUUGCUUGGUCAUCCCGAGGGACUGGACAGUGUGAACUUGGCCGAGUUGUCGUGGAAACAGCCAGCUGUUCUGUCCGUCCAACAUGGUCAUGUAUCCAUCGGCCCAGCCAGUAAUGUGUGAGGGACGUGGGGAUCUUGCACUGCAAAUUCACUGUUGGUACGGUCUAAACUGCUGCGUUCAUUCAGAAUUAUACUAGUAUGGCCUAAAAUAUUGGUUAAUGAUUUGAUUCAGGCAACAAAUUCAAAAUAUGUGCAUCCAUAGUCUGAACUGCUGGGCUCAUUCAUGGUCUGCUAUAGUACCAUUGAGAGGGGAAAAUAAGUGGAUACGGCAGUCCCAGAGGACUCUGAGAACAGGCUCUGGAAUGUGUGCCACACUCAAAGUACACAGCCCCAAUCCACUAAAUAGUUUUGUCACAAAAACAGAUCAGUUAUGAAUCACAACUGAACUCCUCUGGAGAAGUUUGGCAUGACUCGAUGGAGAGUCGGUUCUUAUUAGAGAAAGAGCAGAUUAGAGGCACUUAGAACAGCAGGGAGGCCUCGUCUGGCUCAACACUGAUGGGAGUAAAACCCCAGAUGCACACGCACACACUGCUCACUAAGGCCUACUACCACUGGCAGGGACAUAAGAGACGUACAUACAGAUAAUUGCAAACAGCAACUGCAUUGUCACAAACAUCUAUUGAUUUCAUAAAAACCCAUUUAAAACCCAUUCUGUCCAAUUGCUUGAGUUCUAGUAUUAUGUUGAAUAGGGUGCACAACAUGCAGCUAUGGUAGUGUAGCAGUGUACGAUAACUAGUGAACAGUAGUUCACUGUGCAUAUCUGUUCGGCCUUCCUAGAAAUUAUACCUCUCAGUGGAGAGAAGGCGAGAGAGAGAGAGCGCGCGCGAGAGAGAGAGAGCUCUUCUCAUAACAGGCCUAUUACGAGGAAGCCAUGUUUGAGGGCUUUCCUGGAAAUGCCUUUGAGGGAUCCAAUCAUCCGUGUAAUUGUGGACAGCCAAUGAGGCAGCAAGCCCCUCCUUGAAGGGAAACAGGACCCCAUUAAACCCUGUGCUUAGAGUUAGUGGUCCUCUGAAUACUUUUUAAAAAAUACAUCCUUCCUUCCUUCUUCCUCCCUUCCUAGAUUUUUAUGUGUCACGAUCAGGCUACUUCAAGGGAGUCAAGGAAGGAACGAUGUAUUCCUGAAGUAUUACAGGACUGUGGAUUGAAUGAGGAGCACUGUCUGAUCCACACCACAUUCAUUCAGUUUCCAAAUCAUUGAUUAUGCAGUACUCAUAGUUAGGGACCAGGUAAAUGCCUAGGCUAAAAGGUCCAGACCAAGUUACCACAACAGGUUAUAAAAAAUAAAUAAAAACGUCCGGCUCUAGUUAAACAGUAGUAACACAACAUCCAGUAGUUCCUGCCUUCAGAGUAAACUACUACCUGAAAGCAUCAUGGCUAUUACAGUGCUGUAGCUGCAGGAUCUACACAUACUGGAAUUGGAACCACAUGCUGCUAAUCAGAUUGGUCCAGGUUUAAUGGAUGUCACAUGAGCGACUUCCUCCUGUGUGUGUGUGUGUGUGGCCAUUGACCAGAGUUUUAAUCCUAUGUUGACUAAUUUGCAUACAUACACACUCACCAACAGUUUCCAGAGAACUGUGGGCCUUCAGGCUGUUUUGGAAAUGCUUGUGUGAUGACGGCAUGUCACAGGGGACAUAUUUCACCCUUAAUUGGGGACUUGAGGCUUUCUCCCUUGAAAAACAUAUAUUUCCUCCUCAGAGUAGAUUGAGCAGUGCUCCUCUAGAGCAACAGUUCCCAUGAGAAACAGAGAGCUCCAAAUGCAUCUUUCUGUGUGAGUGAAUGAGGGGGAGAUAAUGUGUGUGUGUGAGUAUAUGUAAGCGUAUGUGUGUUUGAGUACGUGUGUGUGUGUGUGUGUGUGUGUGUGUGUGUCAGUAUACAACAGAGUGUACAAAACAUUAGGAACACCUUUCCAUGACACAGAAGGUGUUCCUAAUGUUUUGUACACUCAGUGUAUGUAAGCGUAUGUGUUUUUGAGUACAUGUGACCGUGUGUGUGUGUGCGCACAGUGUAUUUUUUGCGCACGUGCGUGUUGUUCCUUAGCCAGUGUUCCUGAGGAGACAGCAUUUCUGUACACCUAUAGAACACCUUAUACGGAUUAGAGCUGCCAUAGGCCUCAAUGCAUCUGUCCCAUAUAUCAGAAAGAGGGUGAGAGAGAAAGAGAGAGACCAUACCUAUAUACACGUGGAUGUGAUUGCAGACCUACGAUGUCAUCUCUCAGUCAGGUUAUCAUGCUCGGCGGCUAGCACCAACGUGUGGCUCCACACACACAGCACUGUCCUUAUUGUACACUAAUGUGAGUGCUGCCAAGUAACUGGUUAGAACUGAGAUGGUGUGUGAGGUCCCUCGUCUAUCUUUCUAUCUCUUCCUCUGUCCUUCCCUUCAGCCUCUGGCAUGGCUGCAACAUGACCUCAUCUGGAAUGGGCUGAUAUCCAACACACAUAAAUAUAUGUUUGAACACAGAGUUCAAAAAGUAGCAAACAUGACAAACACACAUUUUUCAAAAUGCGUUCACACACACACACAACAUACACUAGAGGCUGUCAGAGCCCCGUAUAAGGUCUUGUGAUGAUGUAAUGUGCUGUUGGGCUGUGCUGUCUGGCUGGGAGUGUGUGGAGAACACUUCUCAUAAUGUUAGUUUUCUGCCUGGAAUGCCCACAUUGCUAGGAACGCCUGGAAGGAGAGAUGGGUGAGCGGAGGGAAUAGGAUUUGAUCCGAGACUUUACGGACGUACAGAUCAGGUAGGAACAAACCCAGAUGAACUAAGGAAAACGCUAUAGAAGUCCCUUUAGUGUGUAUGAGUGGGUGAAAUGGUUUAGCCUACUUUUAGGUUCUGCAAAUUACUCCUAAAAUUGCAAGUAAUUAUUUAGCUAUACAGGGAUGGAUUUAGGUCUGCUCUUAUUAGCCUACACAUAGCCUAAAGUUAUGACACAAAAUAAUGAUAAAAUGCUAAAUUAGGCUUAAAGUAUUUGGCAAACACUCAAAUUAAAUUGCAUCCAUAAGUCUAUUUGGAUAACGUGCCUCAACAACAUUUAUUGAUUUAUCAGAGAAGUCUAGAAAAGAAUACAUCCUUCAGUUAGCCUAACAUCUAAAAGCAGGUAAAGGUAACAGUAAUAAGGCUGCCAAAUCAUGAUCAAAUAUUCCUCUUAAUUUAUAUUACUAGAAAUUAUAGGCUACAUUAGCCUACAUAUUCACACACAGACACACAAAAUGUUGAGUAUGGUUACUAUUACUAAUCACAUUUACGGGUAGAACAAUGAGCUAAUCCCAAACUCAGUUCACAUUUCCCACAACGCUCCAGGCAUGGAUUUUACAGCACUCUGAACCAUGUUGCUGAUAAAUCAGUUGGGAAUUUUCAGUGAGAAGAUGUGCCAAGUUGAAACUUAUUAAGUGAAAUAGCACUAUUUGAACACAGCAUUCAGUUUUUCAAUGAAGGAAUGCUGUAAGCAUGCAAAAUGCAGGGUCAACUUUAUGACCAGUUUGUCCAGAAUUGGGAUUAGGCUGUGUUUUGGGCCUGUGUGUGUGUAAGAAAAUUCCCAUUGAGUACUGACAGUCAUCAAGCUCAAUGCAAGACCUUCCAUCAUUGAGUGUUUUUGAUGUUUUCUGUAACUCGGCACGCUAGCCCUGCCCUACAGAAACCCUAUAGGCAUCAGUCACUAGGCUAUAAAUUGGAACACAUCUUUACAACACAAACAAUGAAUAUCAAAUUAAUGUCAAAAUAAUGUAAACUUACAUCAGCUUUGUGCGUGCUAAUGUCAGUGUGUGUUUUCCAACAUGUUUAUGCUGGUGUGUAUGAUGAAAUCUGGAGGACUAUGUAAAUGUUGCCAGUCUGUAAUUGCCUGUGGAACAAGGGGGAAUUCCUAUCAGAGUAGGUACACGGGCAGGAGGGCCCGCAGUAGGGAGGGUACUAAGGGGUAGAGGAACCCCUUUAAUUAACCAACUGCUCCCUGACAAAGCACCAUCUGUGAUGCCAGUCAAACAUCCUCGCAAACACCAGAGGGACAGGGACAUGGAGACUGGAGGAAAAGGAGAUGGACAACACGCGGUUCAGUACAGUACAUGGAGGUGAAGGAACAGAGUUUGUUCCUAGAGAGAGCACGGAGGGCCAGGGAACAGGGAGGAAAUUAUGUCUCCGUCAUGGACAUGGUACAUUUCCUGUCUGAACGUUUGCUCACCAGCUCAGCAGUGUACUGUAGUAGACAGAGGGAAGAGCGUGUGGGGGACUUCCACAUUGGAAAACAUUGCAUUCAGAUGAGAGGCAAAUGCAGGCAGCCAUUGCAUGUCUUGAUUUGAUUGAAUGUAAAGGCUCGUAAACAUUGAACAGAAGUGUAGUUGUUGUAGACUUUUAAAUAUAUGUUAGCCUACAUCACUAAGUUAAACCACACCUUUCAAUAUAAAUUACAUUUUCUUUGUCUCCCUCUUCUACAGGCUGAAGUUGCUGCUCAUCCAGGAGAAAACCUACUGUGAAAGAAAGGAGGAGAAGAGCGAGAUAGAGGUCUCUGCUUUAAAGGAAGAGCUGACUAAACUCAAGUAUUUUGCAUUGUUGGUCGUUGACGAGCAGCAGCGCCUGACAGAUCAGCUUUCACAGCAGAGCAAACGUGUCCAGGAACUGACGGACAUUGUCGACCACGCCCAACAGGAGCUCAACUCCACCCAUUCCAGGGCAAAGGAGGGGGAGCUUAACGUCAUUCGCUUGGAAGCAGAGUUACUCGAACAAGCUUCUCACUUCCGCCUCAACCAGGAAGCCAUGAUGGCCAAACUGGCCAAUGAGGACACCCAGAACCGACAGCUGCGGCAGCAGUUGGCCGCCCUCAGCCGACAGCUGGAUGAGCUGGAGGGAACCAGGAGCACCCUCCAGAGGGCAGAGGAGGAACUGCAGGAGCUGAGGGACAGGCUAAGCCACAGGGGAGAAGGGUGUGCAACAACCCCUGGCUUGCUCUCAGAAGUGGAACAGCUGAGGAGGAGGGUGGUGGAGAUGGAAGGAAAGGACGAGGAACUGAUCCGCAUGGGAGACCAAUGCCGGGACCUGGACCGCAAACUGGGGAGGGAGUCCAGCCAGAGCCGAAGCCUGAAGGCCGAGGUGGACAAGUUGAAUGAUCGGAUCAGUGAGCUGGACAGACUGGAGGAGGCUCUGGGAAAAAGCAAGCAGGAGUGCAGCGCUCUGAAGGGCAGCCUGGAGAAGGAGAGGGCCAGCACCAAGCAGCUGUCUGGAGAGCUGGAUACCCUCAAGGUGCGGGUGAUGGAACUGGAAGUCAUCGAGGGCCAGCUGGAAAGAUCAGAGGGGGCGUUGAGACUGGACUUUGCCAAGUUGAGAACACUCACAGUGGUGCUGGUUGAAGAGAGGAAGAACAUGGCCGAGAGAUUCAGGCAAACAGAGGAGAAACUCCAGGAGAAGAAGGAUGGGAAACUGCAGGCUGAGCGCGACAGCGUGUCGACAGCCACAGAGAAACUCAUUGAGGAGAGCCGCAAGGUGCUGAGGUCUAAAGCAGAGCUGGAGGAGAGGAUUCAGAGCGUUGUGAAAGAGCGGGACGAGCUGCGGGUGAGGCUGAGGGCAGAGGAGGAUAGGAGCGGGGAUCUGCAGAGCAAAGUUAGCGCCAUGAAAAAGAGGAUUCAGGUCCUGGAGGUCAAAGACGGGGAGUUCUGUCGAGAAGUCAAGAGCCCCCUGCUGGACAACACUAACCACUGCUACCAACAAGAAGAGAACAAAGUCAAAGAACUCACCCAGGAGGUAGACAGACUGAGCAGGAGACUCAUGCAGAAGGGAGUGGUGGAGGGUGAGCUGAUGAAGGCAGAGGAGGACUUUGAGUCCCUGGAGAGGAGGUGGUCCAAGGAGCAGGAGAGAGCCAGGGCCCUGACAGUGGAGCUGGAGGAGUCCAGGAAGGAACUCUCUAAGUACCAGCUGGCAGAGAAGGAGGUGAAAAACCAGGAGCACCUCCUCCUCAGGCGACUCCAGGAGGAGCAGGUCAAGUCUGUCCUCCUCAAAAGGGAGGUGGAGGCUCUCAAGGAGAAGGUCCAGUGGCUGAUGGGAACAGAGGAGUCCAUCUGUCACAUGCAAAUGGACAGCUCCACCCUGCAGAAGAGGCUGACCCAGCAGGAGGUCAGGAACAGGGAGCUGGCCAGGGAGAUGGAGGGACUGACCCAUGAGCUGGACAGGUACCGGCGAUUCAGCAAGAGCCUCCGGCCCGGCAUAACUGGCCGACGCUUCUCAGACCUCCACCUGUCCACCAAGGAGGUGCAGACAGAGCCCGCAGACACCCUGCCACCGGACUACAGGAGCCCGGCUCCGCUGGCGCUGAGCGGUAAAUCGUAUGAGGUGAUCGAUGGAGAGGACCCAAAUCAAAACGAGGAUCUUGUCCUUAACAAGUGCAACUCGCCUCUGUUAACAAGCAUUGAAAGCUUGAACCACCAAAACAAUAAUGUGAGGCGAUUCAGCAUACUUUCACCCAAUGGCAAGGACAAUCAACAUCCAAUUAACAGCAAAUUGUUAAAGGGUAACUUUGACCAGAAAGGAGAUGUGAUGCUUGCACACACGCCAGGGCAGCCCUUACACAUCAAGGUAACGCCAGACCAUGGGCUCAACACGGCCACACUGGAGAUCAGCAGCCCCACCGCCGACAAUGCCACAUCCUAUACCAGCACCGCCGUCAUCCCCACCAGUGGAGCCCCACCAAAACAGAGAAUCACCAUCAUCCCAAACGCUGCAAUCUCCCCAGUGGCCAGAACAAAGAGCUCCCCGCCCCCAGAGAGGUUUGGCAGCCCAGACAAAGCCCUCUCCCCUCUCACCAUGACCCCCAUCUCUGUAAAGUCCCCAGACUACUCCAGAACAGUGUCGCCUGACCACACCGGCUCUCCCAUCCAGAUGGUAACAGUCAGUACUGGAUCGCUCGAAUCCACUGAGGUCAUAGGUCAAGCCAUGUUCCAUGUGAGCCCGGAGAGGCGGAACGGCUGGCAGCUCCAGAGGUCUAACAGCACUGGUCCCAGCGUCAUCACCACAGAGGACAACAAGAUCCACAUCCAUCUUGGGAGCCCAUAUAUCCAGUCUAUAAAUGGUAUAACCCAGAGCCAGUCUGGGGGACCGUACCACACCCCCGGACAGGAACCAAUAACACCGGUACUGACCAAUGGCUGCCACAUCAAAGGCGGCAGUAAGAUCACCAGUAGCAUCACCAUAACCCCUGCCAACACCCCUGUCGCACGACCCUCACAGAUUACAGUAAGUGGCCCUUAUGUUUGAAACGCCCACCUCCAUCCAGUCUCUAGUGACCUAGAUUCCCUUACUCAACCCGGAGUCCCUUUCACCACAAAAGCAACAGAGAAUCAGCCCAAACCAGCCUGCCUGAACAGCCACAUCAUCAUCAUAAUAAGUGUAUUGUUACAUUACUGUGUGCACGAGAAAGCACUUAUCUAAUCCUGUCUGGACUCACACCUGCACGGACUGUAAACGGUCACCUAAAGCCAUUCAAGCCUACUACUUACAAAUAUAGCCUCCCACAUUUCUGAUAUGUGCAUUUAACAAUUCACUAUACUUUGUGUGCAUUACAUUUUUUAACCAUUAAAAAC